AUGUCAUCCCGCAAACGCGAUCAGGCGUCUUCGGACUCCGAAUACCCCAGUGACGGAGGAUCUGAGAGUGCUGGAUCAACGUCCCCACCUCAAUCAAGAAAACGAACCCGUUUUUCAGCUUCACCCUCCUUCGAAGAUUCGGAUACAAGUGAUCGUGGCAUUAGGUUGCCCUCCCCUCGCUCCGAUGACGCGCUAUUGAAUGACGAAGAUGAGUUGGAACUACGACAAACACAAAUUAUUCAAGAAAAAUACGCACAUUUGGUCGAUGAGAUUAACGUGCCUGCCGAACAUGGCAUCCUUGAACGUGUCGAAUGCUACAAUUUCAUGUGUCAUGAUCACUUCUCUGUGGAGCUAGGCCCCUUAAUCACCUUCAUUGUUGGAAAAAACGGGAGUGGCAAGAGUGCAAUUUUGACCGGAAUCACCCUUUGUCUAGGUGGGAAAGCAUCUGCGACUAACCGUGGCCAGAGCUUGAAAAGCUUCAUUAAAGAAGGGAAAGAGAAUGCCUCCAUCAUUGUGCGAAUCAAGAACCAAGGCGAUGGCGCCUAUAUGCCAGAGGACUACGGCAAAUCAAUUAUCGUCGAGCGUCAUUUCUCCAAGAGUGGAUCCAGUGGGUUCAAAAUCAAAGGAGAGAAUGGACGCAUUGUCUCAACGAAGAAAGCGGAGCUGGAUUCUAUCACCGACUAUUUCUCCCUUCAAAUCGAUAAUCCCAUGAACGUUCUUUCUCAGGAUAUGGCUCGCCAGUUUCUCAGUACAUCAAGUCCAGCUGAAAAGUACAAGUUCUUUGUAAAGGGUGUUCAGCUGGAGCAACUGGAUCAGGAUUACCGCUUGAUCGAAGAAUCUAUCGACCAAAUCGAAGAAAAGCUUCGAAUCAAAGCACAGGAUAUUCGUGUUCUCGAGAACCGCAAGGACGCUGCAAAAAAGAAGCUAGAAAUUUCGGACCAACAUGACUCUCUGAGGGAGCGCAUCAGAAAUCUUCGGGGCCAGAUGGCGUGGGCUCAGGUUGAAGAUCAAGAAAGAGCACGGGACUCGUUCAGCAAUGAACUGGCAAAGGCUGAUGAACAGAUUGCGAAUGCAGAAGCCGCACUUGGCCAGUUUGAUGACGCAUUCCAGGCAGCUGAAGAGGAGUCUGAAACAGCCGCUGACCAUGCACAUCGUGCUGAUACGCUGGUUGAAGAAGCGCGUGGCGAAAAGGAAAAAAUGAAAGAGAAAUUAGAUGAGGAGAUGAGUCGACGGCACGACCUCCAGGCAGAACAACGUCAGAUUAAAGAAUAUUAUGAAGCGGCAAGGGCCAGGAUGACAGAGACGCAGGAAAAGAUUGACAACGAAACCCAACGCCUUGCUGAAAUUAGUGACGGGGGCUACGCCCGAAAGAAGGGACAGUGCGAAAGAGCCGCUGCUCUUGCCAGUGCUGCCAGAAUCGAAUACGAGGAACACGGACAGGGCGUUAACCCCUUGAAAGAAGAUGUCAAAAUUGCUGAACGGGAUGCAGAUUCGGCCCGGAAAUUGAUUGACGCGAAAGAAGAGGAUAUCAAUCAGGCCAACAGUCGACUUCGAAAUCUCACAAACCAAGACGGGCAAAGGCAAACUGGCUUCUCUGAAAAUAUGCCAUCACUUCUCAAGCUCAUCCGACAAGAGCGAUCAUUUACCACACCUCCAGUCGGGCCAUUGGGUCACUACAUUACUUUACUAGAGCCCAAAUGGGCGUCCGUCCUUGAGAAUACCUUGGGUGGCUCACUGAACAGCUUUGUCGUGACUUGUAAGAAGGACAUGAACCUUCUCUCUGGUCUCAUGCGUAGGACAAACUGUAAUUCGCCGAUUUACAUUGGAAAUGGCGGUGAGAUCGAUGUUACGGGACAUGAACCGCACCUUGAAUCUCACCAAACCGCCUUGAAAAUACUCAAAAUUGAAAACCCAGUGGUACAGCGACAACUCAUCAUCAAUCACGGCGUGGAGCAAAUGUUGUUGAUCGAAAAUUUGGAAGAGGCAUCCAGUGUGCUUUUCGACGGGGACCGCCCUAGAAACGUGAAACGAUGCUUUUGCAUUGACACCCGAGAUCGCCGUCGAGGUAUCCAUCUAUCAUAUAAUCGAAAUGGCGAGCCCAGCCAAGCACCAGUGCCGAUGUACCAGGGACACCCUCGAAUGAAAUCCGACCUAGCCUCUCAAAUCAGCACCCAGCGUGAGGUUAUUCAAGAUCUCAAGCGCCAGCUCAACGACCUGCAAGAAGAACGGCGAUCUGCCGAUGCCAAACUUAACUCCUACAAGCAGGAACUUCAGAUGCAUCAUCGAAAGAGCCAAGAAUUAAAGAUCAAUAUGCAGAGAAUGGAGGAUGAAGCUGAAUCUCUCCGGGAUGCACUUGACAAGCAGAAUGCCCAAGAUGGACAACUUGAUGCCUUGCAGGCUGCCCUACAGGAGGCUGAGGCUGACAGGCAGCUUAACGAGGGGUCUCUGAACGAUAGUCGCGCUGCCAUGACGAUCAUCAUGGAAAGUUUGAAGGUGAUGCGGCGGGAGAUGUCAGCGAAAGAUCACGACAUCUCUAAACUUCUACAAAACAGUGCCGUUGCCGAAGAGGAACGAAAGCGCGUUGAAGAUAAGCGCCGUAAGAUUCUUAAUGACAAGAGUGCUGCAAGCGGGCGCAUUGAGGACUACAAGAGAGACAGGGAACGAAUCCGCCAGAAGUGGGAAGAAGCCGCCGCGAAGGUUCUUGAUUAUAAUGGCAAGGCCAGCAUCGUUUCCGAGAGAGUUCCGGUCGAUGAAGGUGAGACUACCUUUAGUCUUGACCAGAAAUUGGAACGGCUACACCGAGAUCUGGAGCGAUACAACCAGCAGCUGGGAGCUUCCCGGGAGGAAAUCGCCGCCGAAGCUGGUCGAACUGAGAUCGCUUACCAGAGAGCAAUGAACCAGGUCAAUGAGCUUACUACUCUCGCACAGAUAUUUAAAGACACUCUUGAUAAUCGCAAGAAGAGGUGGGAGAUCUUUAGAUCGCACAUCUCAUCUAGAGCGAAAGCUCAAUUCACCUAUCUUUUGAGUGAGCGAAGCUUCCGAGGCCGCCUUCUCGCCAACCAUAAUGAGAAGUUGUUGGACUUGCAGGUUGAACCUGAUAUUACGAAAGAUGACAGCACUGGUCGUGGAGCCAAAACGCUUUCGGGUGGUGAAAAGUCAUUCUCACAGGUGUGCCUACUACUUGCUCUCUGGGAAGCCAUGGGGUCUCCGGUCCGUUGUCUUGAUGAAUUCGAUGUGUAUAUGGACCACAUCAACCGAAAGAUGGCUAUCGACAUGCUCAUGAUUGCCGCUCGCCGAUCCAUUGGACGGCAGUUCAUCCUCAUUACUCCGGGAAGUAAGACGGACAUUACUAUAUCUUCGGACGUGCGGGUGGUGGAGCUAGCAGAACCUGAGCGGGGCCAGACUACUCUCAAUUUUCAUCGGUCGUGA